ACUCUCUGCCAACACUCCCCCACAGCAACAACUCUCUGCCAACACUCCUCUUCAACGCCAACUCUCUGCCAAUACUCCUCUUCAACGCCAGCUCGCUGCCAACACCUCGGCACAGCAACAACUCUCUGCCAACACUCCCCCACAGCAACAACUCUCUGCCAACACUCCUCUUCAACGCCAACUCUCUGCCAAUACUCCUCUUCAACGCCAGCUCGCUGCCAACACCUCGGCACAGCAACAACUCUCUGCCAACACUCCCCCACAGCAACAACUCUCUGCCAACACUCCUCUUCAACGCCAACUCUCUGCCAAUACUCCUCUUCAACGCCAGCUCGCUGCCAACACCUCGGCACAGCAACAACUCUCUGCCAACACUCCCCCACAGCAACAACUCUCUGCCAACACUCCUCUUCAACGCCAACUCUCUGCCAAUACUCCUCUUCAACGCCAGCUCGCUGCCAACACCUCGGCACAGCAACAACUCUCUGCCAACACUCCCCCACAGCAACAACUCUCUGCCAACACUCCUCUUCAACGCCAACUCUCUGCCAAUACUCCUCUUCAACGCCAGCUCGCUGCCAACACCUCGGCACAGCAACAACUCUCUGCCAACACUCCCCCACAGCAACAACUCUCUGCCAACACUCCUCUUCAACGCCAACUCUCUGCCAAUACUCCUCUUCAACGCCAGCUCGCUGCCAACACCUCGGCACAGCAACAACUCUCUGCCAACACUCCCCCACAGCAACAACUCUCUGCCAACACUCCUCUUCAACGCCAACUCUCUGCCAAUACUCCUCUUCAACGCCAGCUCGCUGCCAACACCUCGGCACAGCAACAACUCUCUGCCAACACUCCCCCACAGCAACAACUCUCUGCCAACACUCCUCUUCAACGCCAACUCUCUGCCAAUACUCCUCUUCAACGCCAGCUCGCUGCCAACACCUCGGCACAGCAACAACUCUCUGCCAACACUCCCCCACAGCAACAGCUCUCUGCCAAUACUCAGCCUCAGCCUCACCCAUCUGUGUCUAUUCCCCUUAA